AUGCUGCAAGCACCUACUGCCCCUAUUUCUGCUGCUAAAUUUGUUGCAUAUGUACAGGAAAGACGCAAAAAGAGGAUAUUGUUUAAAGGGGAAUUUCUAAUGAUUCAACGUUCAGUAGACCCUCAAAGGUUGACAACUGAAGUUGGAAUUCGGAUGGGGGAAAAAAAUCAAUAUCCAGAUACGUUGCCUUACGAUCAAAAUCGAGUAAUUCUCGAACACAGGCCAGGCGUAGAAGAUUCUCAUUAUAUUAAUGCUUCUUAUGUUAAUAGUUGGCUUCGAGAACGUGCCUAUGUUGUAACGCAAUCUGUUAGAAACAAACAAGCCAGUAAUGAAUUUUGGCGGUGUGUUUGGGAAAUUGGUGCAAAUACAAUAGUUAUGCUCACAAAAAUUUUUGAUUUUAUGCGCGUUGUUUGCCUUCAAUAUUGGCCUCAAACACAAUUCCAAUUUGGAGAAAUUCAUGUAGAGACUUUGGAUACACGAACAUAUGCUCAUUUUGUAAUUCGAACAUUUCGACUUCGCAAAACAGGCGGUGUUGGAGAUUUAACAACAACUUCAACAGAUGGAAAAGGUGAAACACUAAGGAAUAUUAAUGACAAUUCUGAAGAAAGAAUUGUUAAACAUUUUCACUUUACAGAGUGGGAAUUGAAUUCAUUUCCAUAUAUUUCUGCUUUUGUUGAAGUUCGUCGACGAGUAAGACAAUGGAUGGAAAGGAGCCCAGUUGAUUCCCCAAUUGUUGUACAUUGCAGGUAA